GCGAGAAUUCAGGAGGGGCGGGUGUUUUGUGUUUGUCAAGUUGGUUGUGUUUGAUUUCAGAAUUACAAUGGAUCCAGCAUUAUUGAAACAGCAAGCAGCAUUUAAAGCUCGAGCUUCACAAGCCAUUGAAAUGGCGCGUAAAAGUACGGCAUCCACGUCUCAUUCUACGUAUGAUGCAGAAGCAAGUCGGAAAAAAAAACGUAAAGUAUACAAUGAUUCGCAACUAUUAGCCAAAUCCCUAUCCGACUUCAAUUCUAAAAAUUUCCCCUCUCACUCGGCAUCAAAUGCUGUAAAUUUUGGAACAAUGGCGAAAAUUGUUGAUUAUAUGAAGAAACGACAUUUAUCGUCGCAACAUUGGCCCCUAAGUUUGAAGGAGAUAUUGGAGGAAUUACAAAUAUACGACCUUGGAAAAAAAUCGGAGUUAUGGCUGCAGGAAUCUUUGCCGAUGAAUCCACGAUUAAUUGUUGAUGAAAAUGGAAAAUAUCUUUUCAAGCCGCCUUACAAGAUCAAGGGAAAGAAUUCUUUAUUAGCACUAUUAAAAAAAUAUCACACAGAAGGAAGGGGCGGCAUUUUGUUAUCGGAUCUCAAUGAAUGUAUACCGGCUGCUGAAAAGCAUAUUGAGGCACUUAGUAAUCUUGUAAUUGAUGUACAGACGAUGAUCAACAAACGUAAAGACCAUGUUUAUUUUUAUAACGAUCCCGAUACCGAUUAUGAAGUUGAUGAAAAAUUCAAAAGUUUAUGGAGGAACGCAUCUGUUGAUCAUUUGGACGAGAAGAAGAUCGAAGAAUAUCUCCAGAAACAUGGAAUUGAUGUGAUGAAAGAUUUAGGACCGAAGAAAGUAACUGUUGCACCACCGAAACGAAAACUUCCACGGCGACGAGCUAAUCAGAAAGUUCAUAAUGAACAUUUGACUAAUGUUUUAGAAGAUUAUUCAACUUAAUUGCAACUCUUUAAAGUAGUUUAUAUUUUCUAUGACUGAAAAAUCUGCUAAUAUCCAAAUCACGAUCCUUAUUUUCAUUGUCUUUGUUUGCUGUAUUUCCAUUUAGUCCCAUUGACUCAGCUCUUCACAUUAUUGAAACAAUCGUGUCACAUCAUGCUUUCAUAUAAGUAAAUCUCUCAUCGCACUGAUAAUACCG